AUCCCAGUCUCGACUCCCGGUUAAUAGUUAGUGUUUCAUAAUUGAAAUGAUUGGAUAGAAUGGCACAGAACAACAAUGCUGCGACAUGUUCGGCGCUUACCAGAUACCCAAUUAUAAGCACUGACAACGUACACUAUAUUUAUAAAUACACAGCUCUCAAGAAUGAUUUCUCUACCGCAGCCAGAAUAGAAGACAGGGUCCAUACUCACAUUAAUUUACCUGGCCAUGGCGAGUGUUGUUUCUUUUGUGUUUAGCUUACCAAGCGUAUUCACAUCCUGCGUGGACUGUUUCCAGUACUUCCACCUGGAGCACACGUUUGGGAUCGACUAUGAGAAUAGCUUGAUCCAGCUGGACGUUGCCCACCUGCGGUUGUCACGAUGGGGCGAGAGUAUUCGCAUCGAGACCGAUCAACCUCUGAUCGAGUCUGAGGCGGAGCGCGACCACGCCAAAAACCUGCUGCAAGCCAUCAUCAACACCUUUGAUGACGCCAGGAGGGUUUCCAGCCGAUACAACAACGCCGCCAAGAUGGUAGAACCAUGCGAAACGCCCUCCUUUCAAAGACAACCGAGUUUCCAGACGUCGCCGGUGCACGGAAAGCUGCGCAAGAUGGCACAUCGCCGACAGAAGGGCACCGGUUUUCUGCGCAGGGUGAAAUGGGCGCUCCACGACAAGAAGACCCUGGAUGAUCUGAUUGAGAAAGUGACCAAAUACACUGACCAGCUCGUCGAGCUCUUUCCCGCCGCGCCGCUCGCUGCGAUGGAAUCCGACGAGUCGAGCCAAACGGGCGAGCAUGAGUCUCUCCAGACGGCGGCGGUGAUGGCAGACGUGGACAACGGACCAGAGAAGCCGCUUGUGACGGAAAUCGAGAUGCCUAGGGGGCACGAGUACCACUUCACCGAGGUGGAGGACGAGGCAUGGAUGUUGAAUGGCGAUUAUGUGGCAUCUGGGAGCGUCUGUGAAGGGAGAAGCCAUAGUUAUGGGGAAAUGCGAGCUCACGAUUGAUAGUGGUGCCUAUGCUCUGUCAAGAGUAGUCAGCGCCGAGGAGAAGUAGCAUGUAUCAAAUAGGGAGGCCUUAUAUCACACUGUCUUCGUAGAGAAAUCCCAU